AUCAGCUGACUGAUGAAUAAUUCCCGGAUGUCAAAGACCGAAGAUUACGGAGAACGGCCCGAACUGGCACACAGGAUGGCAGCCCAAAACUUCCUCUUGUUCCCCAACAAAACACUCCGAUUAUUCCUCCUCCUAGCCUUCUCUUGGACUGUCGGGGGUACAGAUGGUGACCAACUCUCAUGGCAGAGUCUGCGAGGCAGGGCACGUCAGCUGGGGAAGUUGAGACACUACGAGGAGGUGGAGGCCUACAGGAUAGGGGGGAGACACAGGAGGGAUGUCAGCACACUCACACAGCGCGGUCAUGUGUUACAAGGUGUCUUCAAAGUCAAAGGAUUCGACAUGGCGCUAACGUUAGACGUCAGAUUAAACAGGAAUCUGUUUGGGAAGCAGUAUUUUGAGAAGUACUACCUACCUGAUGGUACACCUGUGAUAGAACGGCCUAGUCGACAGAACCACUGCCACUACCACGGUACAGUACGCGGGGAGGAGGGGUCAGCCGUGGCACUCAGCACGUGUAACGGGCUCAGUGGGGUGAUCCACCUGGCAAACCAGACGUUCUACAUCGAGCCUCUACAGAACUCCACAGAACAACAUAUCAUGUACAGAACUACAGACAUCAACAUGCCAAGGAGAGUCUGUGGACAGGACAGUGUGCCUGAACCAGUAGAAAUUGACUUUGCAACAGAGAAGAAAAGAGUAGAGAAUGCAAGGAUGAGGCGACAGGUUGCAGAGAGCAGGACUGAGACCAAAUAUGUGGAACUCAUCAUGGUGGCAGACAACAUGGAGUACCAGAAACAUGACAGCAACAGGCAGACAGUACUAGACAGACUACAGGAGGCUGCUAACAUCGCCGACUCUAUCUACAAGACCAUCAACAUGCGGGUUGCGCUGAUGGGGAUCGAGGUGUGGACCAGCGGGAAUCCCAUCGACAUCACGGCGGUCGCCUCGGAGACGAUGUACCGCUUCCUGGACUGGCGGCGAGACAAUCUGCUGCAGGACAACCCCGACAACGACAACGCGCAGCUCAUCACAGGCAUCACGUUCCAGGGCAGCACAGUCGGCAUGGCUCCCCUCUCCAGCAUGUGCUCCGCCGGCAGGUCCGGCGGGGUCGACGAGGACCAUGGAGUCCAUGCGGCGGCGGUGGCGUCCACCAUGGCACACGAGAUGGGUCACAACCUGGGCAUGAACCACGACACGGACGAUCGCGGCUGCUCCUGUACGGCCACCUGGCAGGAGGGAGGCUGUGUCAUGGAGCCCGCAGCAGGGUCCCAGCCUGCGGCGGUGUUCUCCUCCUGCAGCUCGACCGACCUUCAGAACGCGCUGCUGAAGGGCGUGGGGGCGUGUCUGUACAACCUGCCGGACGCUGACCAGCUGUACGGCGGGCCGGUCUGCGGGAACGGCUACCUCGAGGACGGGGAGGACUGCGACUGCGGGACAGUCGACGAGUGUACUAGCCCAUGCUGUGACCCCAGCACCUGUACCUUACAUGAGAACGCCACUUGCGCCAUCGGACUGUGCUGCGAAGGCUGUCAGCUGGUGUCAGCCGGAACCCUCUGCAGAGACGACCUUGGAGACUGCGACCUUCCGGAAUACUGUACAGGAACCUCCCCGCAUUGUCCUCCAAACGUGUUCAUACAGGAUGGGUACGACUGUUUGUAUGAAGAGGGUUACUGUUUCAAUGGAGCCUGCCUGACCCACGAGGCACAGUGUAAGGAGACAUGGGGGGACGCUGGAGAGGUAGCAGAGGACGUUUGUUACAGUCUCAUCAACACAAAAGGAGACGUCUACGGGAACUGUGGGAAGGAUGAGAACGACCAGUACAUACCCUGCGAUGAAGUGGAUAUUAAGUGUGGUAAGCUGCAGUGUCAGGGUGGGACGGUGUACCCCAUCAUUGGCUCCAACGCGGCGACCAUCGAGAGUAAGAUCCCGUGGGAGGGGGAGAUGAUCACGUGCCGCGGAGCUUACAUCGAGCUCGGGGACGACAUGCCUGAUCCUGGGCUGGUCCUGACCGGGACCAAGUGUGGGGAGGGCAAGGUGUGUUUGUUUGUUUGUUUGUUUGCUUGUAAGAGCGUUGAGAGUAAGAUCCCGUGGGAGGGGGAGAUGAUCACGUGCCGCGGAGCUUACAUCGAGCUCGGGGACGACAUGCCUGAUCCUGGGCUGGUCCUGACUGGGACCAAGUGUGGGGAGGGCAAGAUCUGCUACAACCGCAUGUGCCAGGAGAUGAGAAUAGUUGACAUCGGCAUCAAACCCUGCAACUGUAGCGGCCAUGGGGAGUGUAAUGAGUACAGUAUGUGCCACUGUGACCAGGGGUACAUUCCCCCCACCUGUAACUACACUCUGGAGGAUGUGUGUGAGGUGAACCCGGGGUGUCGGUGGUGUGAGGACCAAUAUGUGCCAUCCUCCUGUCCUGUUGUGUGUAACAGUAACCACCACUGUCACUGUGACCCUGGCUGGGCCCCGCCCUUCUGUAACAUCACAGGCCACGGAGGCAGUGUGGACAGUGGCCCUGUACAGCCAACUCACAGAGACAAGACGCUGACGAUUGUUCUCCUGGUCCUGUUCCUGUUCAUCUUCCCUGCAACUGGCAUCAGCAUCUUCCUCUGCUGGUUCUGCAGGGACAAGAUCAGGGCCAAGCUGCAGAACUACAAGGGCAAGAAGUACAACUGGAAAACUACAAGGUCUUUUACAUGUCCAAAUAUUAUUUUCAUCCCUAGGGAAACAGCCUCCGGAGACAGCGCACCCCGACCGAGCGUCAAGUUCAACAACAGGAGGGCGAACAUCGUACCUCCCACACAGACGUACACGAUCCCCACCGCACCUCCCAACCGUCCCCCUCCCCCGCGGGCCUCCAUACCCAAACAGGGCAAAGGUCAGGUCACGAAAGGUCAGGUCUUGCACACGCCCAAGUCCGACACCUCCUGGUUGAGACCGUCUCUCCACCCCGUGAAACCGCCGGGUAAAAACACGGGCCCGCCGGCCAGCCGACCUCCACCCCCGAAGGGUCCGGUGUCACGACCCCCGCCUCCAGGUCAAGGGUCACGACCUCCACCCCCAACGUCCAAACCUCCAGGUCAGGUGUCAAGACCUCCGCCCCCGUCAUCCAAGCCCCCGGUUCAAGGGUCACGACCUCCCCAGCCGGCACCACCCCCUCCAGGUCAAGGGUUGCGACCCCCACAACCGGCCCCGCCACCACCCACGACAUCUUUACCCCUCGUCCCCAAACUUCCCUCGACAGCGAUACCGCCUGGCGCCAGGCCGCCGCCGCCCAGGCAAGCCCCGCCACCGAAACCCGCAGCAGACAAGCCGCAGGUCCCGAGCAAACCCGGUGUGCCGUCCAGACCCAUCUACUUGAAGGCAACACCAGAUGUGGCCGUCUCCGGUCCGAAAAAACUGGCGAACAGGUGGCCACCGCCUGCUGAUGAGGACUCAACAGCAUAACUUACAGUGUUUAAGUGUAUGUGUGUGUGUUUACCAGGACAAGUGUUCUGUGUUAAACUUUCUACAUGUACUACAUGUACCAAACUUUCUAGUAGUACAGUCAUGUUAUGCUGAGGUUACAAUUCCCACACGGGGCCUGGUCGGGCAGUUUUUGGGAGCGAAGAGUAAGAUACAAAAGAUAAAAAAAUUUUUGAUGAUAAUUAUGGGCAAUAUUUCUGUAUAUUCUUGAUAUAAAUUGUUAAUUUUUUGUUGUUACAAACAGCUAGGCUGGGCCCCGGUUUGGAAAUGUGACCUAAGCAUUAGCAACCCUGAAUAGAUAAGGAAUUCAGUGAUUUGUGAAUCUUCUCACACCUGAAUAUCUUGCAAUGUUGUAUAAUGAAAAUUUAAAAUUGUACAGUCUGUGUCUUUUUAACACAAAGGUGGAGAAAAUGUUUUCAUGUGGUGCAAUCAGUGGUCCAUAGAAAUUCUGGCUCUUGUGGAUUGUAAAGAUCAGUAAAUAACAGAUACAAGUUGUACAAUAUGUGUGACUGUACAUGUACAUGUAUGUUGGCUAUAAUGAAAAUCAUUGUGAACAAACCUCAUAGUAUUUUACGACACAAUCUACAUGUCUCCAAUCGGUAGAAAUCACAAGGCUGUAUAUUUUACAUCAUAAACAACAAAAUGGGAAAUAUCUUUUAUUGCCUAUUGUAAUCAUAUGAAAUGCUAUGGCAGCGUGUGUUUUGAUUGUAUCAACAAGUACUAUAUAUAAUAGUAGCCGGAUUAUGUUUAAUCUGUUCUGUACGUAGCCUGUCAUGGCUACCUGUGUUCUGACCACACUGCCCAGAAUGUCAGAUAAACCUCAAUAUGUUCACUCAUCAGGGCUCGAAAUUCAUUUUUGGGAAUACAUUGUAGGUGCACUGGUG